ACCAUGAAACCUAGAUUUAACCGUUUUGCUCCUAUAGUGUGCCUAUAAUGCACUAAAACACAGUGUGUUGAGUUCAGUUGUGAUUGUGUCUCAUCACAUGGACAUAUGUCCACCAAACAGGAGAGUCUCUUCUUGUCAUGUGUUUGCACAGGAAGUGCUGAGUCUAUUACACAGUCUGUGUGUUUGACAGUGUGUCAUUAAUAGAUCAGUAUGGAGAUCUGUUCACUUCUUCUAAUGCUCUUGCUUAUUUCAAACAUCCACACUGGAAACACUCAAGGGAAACCUAAGGCUGCAGUGAUUUUAGAGCAUGAACCCCUCACUGUCAGAUGUGAAAUACCAGGACCUGAAGAUGACUGGACAUACAGCUGGUUUAUAGAGGGGUCAUCUCAUCCCUUCAGCUCUGACAGAGAACUGAGCAUCAGAACUGGUGUAUCUGACACUAGCAGUAACGUCACAUGUAGAGGAGAGAGGAGAAGUGAUGGACAGAAGUCAGAGAUCAGUGAUGCUGUUACACUGACUAUAUCACGGCCAGUGGCUUCAUUGGCACACAGCAAGCCACCUAAACCUCGUCUGACUGUUGAGCCUAAAUCAUCACAGAUAUUCAGAGGAGAUACUGUCACUCUCGGAUGUGAAAUGCAGGGUUAUGAUUUGACAUACACAUUUCAGUGUGGAGAUAAACAGCACAACUCUACAAAGGAUGAGUUCAAGAUCACUGUAGAGCUCACACAGUCCUGCAAGUGUAAAGCCUGCAGAGGAUCAGUCUGCUCUGAAUGGAGUAAUGCUGUGACUCUGACUGUUUCAGAUCCCAUUGUAACUGUAAAGCCCCAGAGUUCAGUGUUCACUGGAGACACAGUUACUCUGAUCUGUGAUGUGAGACGGUCAACUGCACGGAAAAUAUACUGGUUCAAAGACUUUAAGAGAAUAAAAAAUGGUUCUGAAACAGAAACUCUCUCUCUCUCUCUGAGAGAAGUGAGAGUCUCUGAUGGAGGAAGAUAUGCGUGUACUGGAAAUAGAAAGACCACACAAAGCCAAGGAGUCGUGCUAACAGUAAGAGAGAGACCCAAGCCUGUAGUGCGUGUCCAGCCUGAUGGACGUGUGUCCAGAGGACAGACAGUCACUCUCUCGUGUGACAUACAGCAGACAGACGUCAUCAACUGGAGCUACAGCUGGAAUAAAGAUGAUUCAGAGAUUCAUGUCAGUCAGUCUCAGGAAUACCGAAUCAGUUCUGUUAAUGAAUCUCACACGGGUAAUUACAGCUGCACUGGAAGAGAAACAGGAGGAUCACGAUACUCACACACCAGUGAUAAAGUUACACUCACUGUAUCAGGUUCUGAAGCCCCAUUGCUGCUUCUCUCAGCUCUCAAACUGCUCAGUUUUCUGCUGGCAGCUUCUCUAUAUCUGCUAGUGUCCAUCAUUCUGGGAGUCAAGUGCUACAGAGCUCAUGCUGAAUCAAAUGAGGUCAGUCAAUAUACUGUUACAAAGUGAACGUCUGCAAUCCUGAUGAAGAAAAAACAAAGUUUUUCUCUUUUCCAACAUUAUUUAGUUAAAUUUAGCUUAUAAUUUUUCUGAAUUAGACAAAAUACAUGCUCAAAAUACAUGCAGGUGUGUGUGUGUAUGCACUACUGUGUGUGCAAGUAUGGGUCACCACUUGGCCACAUGCACUUCGCUUCACUUUCUUUCUCUUUCUUUCUUUCUUUCUUUCUUUCUUUCUUUCUUUCUUUCUUUCUUCCUUGCUUUCUUUCUUUCUUUCUUUCUCAGAUGAUCUAUAAACUACUGCAGCUCCGUUUGAGUAAUUUCUUGGCUUUUUCUUCUGUUUUUCAAUAUGCUGAGGCAAAGGUAUAUCUUUAUGUGGCGAGUGGGGCGGGGCCGAGAGGCG